CUUUCGAAAAUGGGACGAAAACCAUGUUGUGAUAAAGUUGGAUUAAAACGAGGUCCUUGGUCGAUCGAGGAAGAUCAUAAGCUGAUGAACUUUAUAUUCAACAAUGGAACUAUUCCUUGCUGGAGAAAUGUUCCAAAGCUUGCCGGCCUUUUAAGAUGCGGGAAAAGUUGCAGAUUAAGAUGGAUAAAUUAUCUUAGACCAGAUCUUAAGAGAGGGUCGUUUACGGAAUCCGAAGAAGAUCAGAUUAUUCGACUUCAUUCGCAUCUCGGAAACAGGUGGUCUAAGAUCGCUUCGCAUUUUCCUGGUAGAACAGACAACGAAAUCAAGAAUCACUGGAAUACCAAAAUCAAGAAGAAGCUGAAGCUUCUUGGUCUGGACCCCGCGACACACAAGCCUGUCGAGAAUGGCGAGAAAACCGACGGUAAAAAAGAACACGAGGAAAGUUCGGAAAUUAUUUCUGGAUCCACAUGCAAGGAGAUUGAAGAGAUUCAAGUGACUUUAGAGGACUACGACGUGCUGUGUGGAGGCUUCGACUUGGAUCAUUCUUCAUACACGUCUUCGUUUUCAAUGGCUCAAGAAGAAGACUGUUUAAAGCAAUGGGUUGAUUGUGUUGAUUCGUUUCUGUCAUGGGAUGAUAGCUUUAUUCCUGUUGAAGAAGACAAUCCGUUUCUUCCUUGGGAAAUUACCCAAAUAGGAUCAACAAUUAAUAGUAAAGCUGAACUGAAGUCAAAGGAGGUCACUGGAAUAGCCAUUAUUGUUGAUGCAGAGUUCACAGCUAUUCUUGAUGCUGACAUGAUCUUUAGAGGCCCGAUUACACCGUGGGAGUUCAAUGCAGCACGUGGCCGUUUAAACCCCUUACGAGUAAGUCAAGGAGAACAAGGAUUAACGUCUUUCUUCAAGUACCUUGUUGGAUGUUACAAUGAGCUUGUGAAACUUCAUACCGGCCAUCCUGAUUCUUGCGACAGUGUUGGAGGUGUUAUAAUCAUUCAUAUUGAUAAUCUUCAGGAAUUCACUCUGCUGUCGUUGCUUAAAACCGGGGAGGCCUGA